AUGGAUUCGAAACCAACCGAUUCCGAACCACCAGUCGAACCACCACCAGCCGAACCCCAAGCUCCUCCUCAAGAAAUUGAUGAAGUUGUGAAACUUCCAUCAAACUUUUGGUCUAUAGUAGGUGUAUGUACAUUGGUGAUGUUUACAUUUCUUUCAAUCGCUGUUAGUAUAACGAUUGUUUGUGUAACUUUGUCUAAACAAUCAAAUAAAAAAUGUGAAUUAAAUUUUCAACGAUCAGCAAAAUAUGAAUUAGACUACGAACCACGUCCACGUUACAUUAGUGUUAGCGAUUUCGAUAAAGAUGGAUAUCUUGAUAUUGUCGUAGCCAAUAGUGGCACUAAUAAUAUUGGCAUAUUUUUUGGUAAUACACUUGGUACAUUCGAUGAUCAAAUCACAUAUUCAACUGGACUUCAAUCUCAUCCUGUUUGUGUUACUACUGGGAAUUUCAAUAAUGAUACAUUAAUGGAUAUUGUUGUUGCUAAUUAUCGUACCAACAGUAUUGGCGUAUUUCUUAAUGUUGGUAAGAGAAAUCUUACAAGUCCAGUGACAACUUCAUUGGGUUCUUCUCAUCCUAUUGCUUUGGCUGUUGGGGAUUUUAAUAACGACAAUUAUUUAGAUGUUGCUGUAGUUAAUUAUGGUACUUCUACGAUUGCUCUACUAUUAGGCUUUAAUAAUGGAUCUUUUCAAAUUAGAUUAAUCUAUAAUAUGGGUUAUGAUUCCAUUCCUUAUUCAAUUUCUGUAGCUGAUUUCAACAAUGAUACAAUGUUAGAUGUUGCUGUUGUUAAUUAUGGUACAAGCAAUUUAGUUGUACUUUUAGCAAAUGGCAAUGGAUCUUUUAUCAGUCAAACAUAUUCGACUCAACAAAAUUCUAAUCCAUCAUCAGUUGCGAUUGGUGAUUUUAAUAAUGACAAUAGAUUUGAUAUUGCGAUCACCAAUUCUGGUACAAGUAACGUAGGAAUCUUUUUAGGAUAUGGCAAUGGCUCGUUUACAAGUAUGAUAUCAUAUUCUACUGGUUUAAAUUCUCAACCAGAUUUCAUACUUAUUAACGAUUUUGAUAAUGAUACCAAAUAUGAUGUCGUUGUUAUUGAUUCGAAAAAUAAUAAUGUUCUCGUAAUGAAAGGAAAUGGACGUGGAAAUUUUUCGAUCAUAACAACACAUUCAACGGGAUAUAAUUCUGAUCCAACUUCUAUCGUUAUUGGUGACUAUGAUCAUGAUAACAAAUUAGAUAUUGCUAUCAGUAAUAAUGCUACUAAUAAUAUUGUUAUAUUAACUCAGUACGAUUCCUUUCCUACUGUAACGGACGUAGCGUAUUCAACUGGUGAUAUAUCUUAUCCAUUCCGAGCUGCUGUUGGAGAUUUAAACAAUGAUAACUUCUCAGAUAUUAUUGUAGCGAAUUAUUUAAGCAGCACUAUUGGUAUAUUCAUGAAUCUGGGUAAUGGAACUUUUGCAGAUCAGAUAGAAUUAUUUAUUGGAAAUACUUCUAAUCCGAAUUUUAUCGUCGUGAUUGAUAUCAAUAAUGACAAACAACUUGAUAUUAUAGUAAAUGACAACGGAGACUAUGGAAUUCGUAUCUUAUUCGGAUAUGGAAAUGGAAGUUUCACUGCUAGUAAUUUGUUUGUAACUGCUAAUACGACCGCUCCUGCCUAUAUUACAGUUGCAUAUUUGAACGGCGAUAGCAUUCUUGACAUUAUUAUGGCGACUAUAGAUAAUAAUAAUAUCGGAAUAUUAUUUGGAAUUGGAAAUGGCGAAUUUAGAGAUGUAAUAACACUCCAAGUUCCAGCUAAUUUUUUGCCUGUAUCGGUCGUUGUAAAUGAUCUCAAUAAUGAUCAUAUAUUAGAUAUUAUUGCAUCUGACAGUACUAGUGGUGGUAUAGCCAUAUUUAUGGGAUACGGGAAUGAAUCCUAUGGUACGCCAUUGAUACUUCCAACCUAUGAUGAUCUUCCAAAUUCUUUAGCCAUUGGUGAUUUAAAUAACGAUCAUCGAUUAGAUAUUGUCUAUGCUAGUCAAUCAGUUUCAACUGUAGGUAUUCUUUUGGGAAAUCGAAAUGGAACAUUCGACAACAUAAUCACAUAUUCUACUGGAGGUGGUAGCUAUCCCCAAAAUGUUGUUCUUGUUGAUUUAAAUAACGACAAUCAACUUGAUCUUGCAGUUGUUAAUAUUUUUGACUUAAGCAUAGGUAUAUUCUUUGGAUUUGGGAACGGUUCUUUCACAUCACAAACCAUAUUUACAACUGAAGGUAUCGAUCAGCCACAAUCUGUUGCUUUUACUGACUUUAACAAUGACUUACAACUAGAUUUUGUAGUUUGUAAACCAACUGCAAACGAGAUUGCUGUAUAUCUUGUAUAUUUCAAGAGCGAUUUUACAUAUGAAAUAAGUUAUUUAACUGGUUCUGCUCCACAUCCAUCUUAUGUAGCUAUUGGUGAUUUCAAUAAUGAUAAUCGAUCGGAUAUUGUUGUGGCUAAUUCAGGCACCGAUAAUAUACAAGUACUUUUUGAAUAUUAUCAAGGAACUUUCUUGAAUAAAUCAGCAUAUUCUACAGGUUUCAGUUCUUCUCCACAAUUUGUGACAGUAGCGGAUUUUAAUAACGACCAGCAAGCAGAUAUUGCAGUAACCCAUACUCAAGAUGGUAUCAUUAAUAUAUUUUUAGGAUAUAGUAAUGGAACUUUCGAUCAACCCAUCAUAUAUCCGACUGGCUCUGAAUCAUUGCCAAACUCCAUUGGAUUUGGUUAUUUUAAUCAUGAUAAUUGGACUGAUAUUGUCGUUGCUAAUAGUGGUGCAAAUAAUAUAGGUGCAUAUCUUGGAUUUGAUUAUCCAACAUUUACAAAUGAUACCAUUAUUAUUCCUGGAAUAUCUUCAAGUCCUGUGUAUAUUACUGCGGGAGACUUUAAUAAUGAUCAUUAUUGGGAUUUUGUAGUCGUUAAUGUGCUUACUAACAAUAUUAGUGUAUAUUUAGGGUAUGGAAAUGGAACAUUCGCAGUACCAAUAUCGUAUUCGGCUGGUUCUGCAAAUUCAAUAGCAGUUGGAGAUUUUAAUGGUGACAAAAUACUUGAUUUAGUCGUUGCUACAAAUAGUAAAGAUCCUAUCAUCAUAUUUAUAGGCUUUGGAAAUGGAAGUUUUCAGCCUCAAGUAUCGACUGAUAAGAGUUUCUCAUCUGCUCCUGUUUCCGUAACCGUUGGUGAACUUAAUAAUGACAGUAAACUAGAUAUUAUUGUCGCUUACGAAGGUAGCAGUAGCAUAGGUGUGUCCCUUGGGUAUGGGAAUGGAUCUUUUCGAAAUCAAAUAUUAAUUAUGUUGCCCACUCAAUCAUACCCUGUAUGGGUGGUUGUUAAUGAUCUUAAUAAUGAUAAUAUCUUAGACAUAGUCGUUGCUAAUUAUGGUCUUAAUAAUGUAGGAAUACUUUUUGGAUAUGGUAAUGGUAGUUUUAGAGAUUUAAUAACACUUUCUACUGGAGAUAACUCUGGACCCAUUUCAAUUGUUACAGGAGAUAUGAACAAUGACAAAUGGAUAGAUAUUAUUGUUGCCAAUGUUAAUAGUAAAACUGUCGGUCUGUUUUUAGGGAACGGUAAUGGUACAUUUUUAUCACAAAUCACAUAUUCAACUGGUUCUCAAUCGCAAUUAAUGGCGAUCUCGAUUGCUGAUUUAAAUAAUGACACAUUACUUGAUAUCAUAGUAGUCGAUGCUGGUAGUGGUAAUAAUAAUGUUGGUGUGUUUUAUGGAUAUGGUGCAGGAAAGUUCACAGUAUAUAAUACUUAUGCGACUGGUUUGAAUUCUUAUCCAUGUUCGAUUGUAAUUUGUGACUUUGAUAAUGAUGCUCGAUUAGAUAUGGCUAUUAUCUAUUCCGGUGAGGAUAGUAUCGGUAUUAUGCUUCAACGUAAAAGUAAACCGUUUGCGACACCAUUACUGAUUCCAACUGGCGAAGAUUCCCGUCCGAUGUCAGUCGCUGUUGGCUACUUUAACAAUGAUAAUCAUCUCGAUUUUACAAUAGCUAACUCUGGUACUAAUAAUAUUGGUAUAUUUUUAGGCGAUGGUAAUGGAGAAUUUAGUGAACAAAUGACUUAUUCAACUGGUAAUAAUUCUACACCCAUUUCUAUUGCAGUUGGUCAUUUUAACAACGACACGUAUCUCGAUAUUAUUGUUGCUAAUGAACAGACAAAUACCAUUAUGAUUUUUCAAGGAUAUGGAAAUGGAACUAUUACUCUACUAUCAAUAUAUUCCACUGGAGCUGGUUCUGCUCCCUCUUCGUUAUCUAUCAAAGAUUUAAAUAAUGACAAUUAUUUAGAUAUUGCUGUUACUAAUUUUAAUAGCAAUGAAAUAGUUGUAUUCAUUGGUUCGAAUAAAGGAAAUUUCUCAAAAUUAAACUCAUAUGCUCUUGGUUAUAAUGCUCGUCCAAAAUCGGUGACCGUUGGUGAUAUCAAUAAUGAUGGUUUAUAUGACUUAAUUGUUGCCAAUUAUGGUACUAAUUAUGUUGAAAUUCUUUUACAAACUUGUUGA